AAACCCAAGCUAGCAAAGAUGAGGAAAUUGUGGAAAUAUUUUGUGCAAUUGCUAAAUACUACCUUCUGAAUAAAGUUGAGAUAGACCCCAAUUGGAUAGAAUGGUCUUCAGAUAAAACCACUUGGACUUAUCAAAACAGAUACCUAGACAUAGAAGGAAUUGAAUCUGACGAUGAGUUAGAGUUUGAAGACAGUAACUAUGAGAUUUUUAACUCAGAUUAUACUUAUAAUUUUCAAUUGGACCACAAUGAAUGUUG